CUUGGUGAAGAGAAUCAUAAGUCCAGCCAAGUAACUCCUCGUAUGGACUUAUCGCAACUGGAACUCCCCAUCACAGCUUACUUUGCGCGAAAUAAGAAGGACAAGAAAGAGGCAGAGCUAACCAAGAAGAGGAAACUCUCGGCGGCUGCAGACGAGAGGGGAGGUCCAGCAAAGCGAGCAACAGUUUCUACUGAUGCGCGAACGGGUUCUCAGGGCGGCGCCAAACAGGUAAAGAAAACUAAGAAGCAAAUAAAUCUUGCUGCUUCGAAGCUUCUGGUCGCGUCGACCUCCAGCCGGAGAGAGAGAGUAUCAACACCCAAACCACCUCACGAUGUAGUGGCCAUCGACUCAUCACCCGAGCGGCCGGUUGCAGGCAGCUCUCGCUCAGUGAAAGGCAUCUCAAACACUGCUUCCCAUAGAAUGAAUGUACCAAGUUUCCCCAGGAUUAAAGGACCUGUGCGUCUCGCGAUUGCUCCAGAACAGUCUUUAGCCACUCCUCCCCCAACGAACCAAAGUAAGAAGCAGACGCUGAGAGCAGCAAGCACUGCGGUAGUUCAGUCUCUCCCCCCUAGGACUACCCCCACUAUCAUUAUUCCCGCCAUUGUUUCUUUACCUACUCCGGAGACCAAUGUGCGCAAACCCAACAAUAUACAUGCACCGUCCGGGUUGUGCACACUCGUUGGUGCGACGUCGCCGUGCAGAACCAAGCAUGGGUUCGAUCCUCGUAUACCAUCAAGCCCCUCUCCAGCUUCUGCGCCGCUCAUUAAGAAGCUCGCUGUCCCAAUAGACACUGACAAAGACACCCAGCCAAGGAAACACACGGGUGGUUCCAAUGGGACAAAGCAGGCAAUAGAUCCUGACGACCCUUUUACCUGCGCAUCCCGAGACAAGGAGGUGGUCCAUGCAACCCCAGCGUCUUCUCCAGAUCUGCCAUUUAAAGACCUGCAGUCUGUGUCUACUAUAUUUGAGGAACUCGUCCCAUCGUCGCAAAGUCAAUACUUGCUUGCAUUAGAUGCGACGCCUAGUCACAAGCGGAUAGCAAAACCUGUAUCAAUCAACUAUGAGCCUAUACCAAGCUCACAGUCGCAGGAAGAGGGAACAAUGACUAUGACAUCUUUGUCCGGAAGCUUGCUGAACAAGAUGUCGCUGGCAAGAAUCGAAGUCGAUCUCCCAACACCGCGCCCCGUUGCGCACGUUGCCUACAAUAAUCGCAGCGAACGCAAACCACUGCACCAAUUUACCCUUGGGUCAAGUCCUGCUACGUCCCCCGUUGUUUCUCCGUCGCAAAGAUUCCCUCGUUCGUUCUUGGCGACCAAGUCUCCAAGAAAUAGAUCCUCGUUUGCUGCAUCGCCGUCUUGCAGCCCUUCGAAACGCACUCCACACCACAUUUUAGACAAGAUCUCUCCCCUCAAGGAGCCCAUGGAAUGUCCAGGGCCCGUGAAGAAUGUUCACCCUGUCGAGGACGACUCUGUCACAGAGCCAGAAUCAGAACCAGAAGUACUCAAACCUGCUCCGGAUGACGACUCCGAAACCGAGCCUGAAUCAGAAAUACCGAUUGUCAGACCCCCAACAGAGAUUGCGAACUGCACACCGGAAGACGUGGCCCAGCGGCCUCAAGCAACUGCACCUAGAACCUCCAUCCCACAUUCAAACCCAUCUACCAUACUUUCUCCCUACAGAAAGCGGCAUGCACCCGAUUCGUCAUACACUUCCUCACUGGACGAUUUAAUGCAGCAGGGCGCUGGAAUGAGUAUCCCAGUGUCACGCAGACCUUUCUUAUUACCUUCAAGAACCCCACCGCCGGCGGUGAGAGAUUUCCUCGCGAUGUUUCAGGACGAUGGAAGUUACCCUGACGAUUUCCCGGAGUCUCUGCGUUGUUAAAAUUUAAGUCGAGUAUUGGUUAGCAGAGCAGACAGGCAGUCGUUGGAUUAAUAUGCACAUGGGCUUUGGUUGAAUCACUUAUGCAUUGGUGUUAAUGUUCGACAUACAAGUUCAGUAGUCAAUUAAGUCG